GAGGCGAGCUGCAAGCUAGCACCUGCAAACACGCAGCAAGCAGCUUCUGCCAUAGCCGACAGCAAGCUAGCUAGCUCAAUCAUGGCCUCUCUAUCUUCCCUCCUGCUCGGCUCCUCCUUCCUCCUUGUGGCCGCCGUCUUCCUCCACCACCACAUCGGCGCCUCCACCACUACUCACCUGCACUUCUACAUGCACGACGCCUACACCGGGCCGACCCCCACCGCCAUGCGCGUCGUGUCCGGCCGGUCCUUGCUCGACGGCGGCGGCGGCGGCGGCGGCGACCUCGCAUCGUCGCCGCGGCAGUUCGGCGACAUCGUGGCGCUGAACAACGUGCUGACGGAGGGCCCUUCCGCCGGCAGCGCGCGCGUGGGCACGGCGCAGGGGUUCGCGGUGCGGGUGUCGGAGGGCGGCGUGGUGUCGGACCUGAGCCUGCACAUGGUGCUGGAGGGCGGCGAGCACGGCGGCAGCUCGGUGACGGCGAAGGGCCGCAUCGACAUGGACGUCCGCGAGCGCGAAUCGGUGGUCAUCGGCGGCACGGGGCGGUUCCGCUUCGCGCGCGGGUACAUGGUCACCAAGAACUACGACUACAGCCUCGCCAACGGUGGCGCCGUCGAGAUCGACGUCUACCUGCAGUACUAGUAACCAUCGUUUCAGUUACAUCCUCUAUCUGUAUUACCUCGGUAUUAUAUUACGAUGUUAUGUCGAUAAAUCUGAAUAUAAAUAUAUAUACAUAAUAUUUUUAUAAUUCAUAUAUAAAUCUAUGGAGUCCUAAAGCAUCUUAUAUUAUAUUAAAACGGAGAAGGAAGUACAUAUGUAUGACAAGUUGUAAUGUACCAGAGAUUGCUUCGGUUCAACAGAAAAUAAUAACAUUGCACAUCCUAGUAA